AGACCAACUGUCUCCCAGCAUACAUCCUCGAUACGGAGUUCUGUAAUUUCAGUACAGAUGUCACCGUGGCUGUGCGUUGCCAUACCGUACCGUACCAUCCGUUACAAUACACACCAUGGCCCCAUCAUGUGACUGGGAUGAUCUGUUCUGAUGCCACCCUCCUUCAAGGCAGAAGUAUAGCAGUCGCCAGCAUCGAAUUGCUGCUGCGGUUGUCACCGUCAAGGACUGGCGGGAACUACAAUACACGAACUGACUAUGACGGCGUUGAAACCGUGUAGUUGUUGAUAUUCUAAUUCCACCACAGAGCUCUUGUGGAUCCGAGCUCGAUUGAACCGAACCUCCUAUCGAUAAUCCUACCCAAAACGCAGUGGAUGCCACUCGACGUGACAUGACAGUUUCGGUCCUGGUUGCGCCAGCUUCACGAGCGCUGUUGUGGGAGAUUCCGGGGUAUCCGUUGAGUUUCGUUGCGCUGCCUUAAUCAACAUGCCUUCGCCAACACUACACGAGCGCCGGGAUGAAGGCGCCAGUAUCCUGAACGACUCCGAAUCGGACGACGACCUUGACUUGGAGGAACUAGACCCAACCACGGCAACCUUGCACAAGCAUACUCGCUUUUCUAGGGAUGAUACGGCACUUCGGAGAGGCUAUGGACCGGGAAUAGCGCUGAGAAAUUUGCGAUCUGGGAUUGGAAAUCGUGCGUGGAGACGACGAAACGCGCCUGGAUUACGCAGGAGUUCGGAAGAGGACAUGAGCGGUUUGCUCGGUGGUCAAGACGAAGGGGGAGCGCGGUCAUCACUGGCAGCGUCCCGCACCUUUGCCGACGAUGAUGCUCCUCUGCUACAGGAUCGCAGGCGCAGCUCCGCUCGCUCGUUCAGGGAUGAUAGGCCAUCAGCAAAGAAGAGCUUUCCUUUUAGUUUCCUCAGUUUCAAACCGAGUAACAUUCUCAAGGCGACUUCAAAUAGCUUGAAAGGCAAUCGGUCCGAGAACCAAGAACCAAAACCCCCGCGUGACGUAUCGGUUGGACAGCCUCAACGUGCCAAAUAUCCACCGAACGUUGUUUCCAACGCCAAAUAUACACCAUGGAGUUUCUUGCCUCGCACACUCUACAACGAGUUCUCGUUCUUUUUCAAUAUCUACUUUCUCCUUGUGGCCUUAUCACAGAUACUUCCAGUGCUGCGGAUAGGCUAUAUGUCUUCGUACAUCGCGCCGUUGGCGUUCGUCGUUUCGAUAUCCUUGGCAAAGGAGGCACUGGAUGAUAUUGCGCGCCGUCGAAGGGAUGCUGAAGCAAAUUCGGAAGAGUUCUCUGUCAUGUAUUUCGACAAAUCCACUUCCCCGGGUACCGAACCUGGUGACAUAUUGGAAAUUACAAAAAAAUCGCGAGAUCUCAAGGUUGGAGAUGUGUUAAAACUUCGCAAGAAUCAGCGUCUGCCUGCGGACGUUGUGAUUUUAAAGAGUGUCCCUAGCGAGACCUCCAGUGCUUCUCGGAAAUCCACGGCGCAUGAAUCGGUCUCUGAACCCUACCCAGAUCUAAUCGAUUCGAACCAGGGUCCAUCAACGGACCAAGGCGCAGACGGCAAUUCAAAUUUGGCUACAGAUGACGCAGCCCGUCUUGCCCCAAGUGACACGUUUAUCCGUACAGAUCAGCUAGACGGCGAAACUGAUUGGAAACUACGCCUGCCGUCGGUGUUAUCCCAGACUCUCCCUCUCCGUGACUUCACCAGACUUAAGGUCACCGCUAGUGCUCCGGAUAAGAAAGUGAAUGAUUUUGUCGGCACCAUAGAACUAGCACCUCCAGUUGGCUUCUACGACCCUCAUGUCGAAGACGAAAAUCACGACGGCGAAGCGGCACAGGCCAGCACUGCGCCGUUGACAAUCGACAACACUGCGUGGGCCAACACUGUUCUCGCCUCCAAUACAACUACCUACGCAGCGAUAAUCUACACAGGCUCCCAGACACGGGCAGCAAUGUCAACAUCUCCUUCUCGGUCAAAAGUGGGACUGUUGGAGUACGAAAUAAACAACCUGACCAAGAUUUUGUGCAUUUUGACUCUUGGACUCUCGAUUAUCUUGGUAGCCCUGGAGGGAUUCCAGCCGACAAACGAUAAAGAAUGGUAUAUCGCAAUCAUGAUAUAUCUUAUCCUCUUCUCAACCAUCAUCCCCAUGAGUUUGCGAGUCAAUCUGGAUAUGGCAAAAACGGUGUACGGCCGCUUCAUUGAACGAGACAAAGAUAUCCCAGAGACCGUUGUCAGGACGAGCACGAUACCAGAAGAUCUAGGCCGAAUUGAAUAUCUUCUAUCGGACAAGACGGGCACCUUGACGCAGAAUGAGAUGGAAUUGAAAAAGAUCCAUGUUGGAACCGUCUCCUACGCAAAUGAGGCUAUGGAGGAAGUAGCUUCCUACGUCCGGCAAGGAUUUUCUGGCAAUUCCUUGGCGACUCCAUCCACGAUUUCCAGCGCCCAAGCAGGACUUGGAGCAGGGCCUCGGGUGAGGAGAGAGAUCGGCUCUCGCGUGAGAGAUAUCGUUCUGGCUCUUGCAUUGUGCCACAACGUCACCCCGACGAUGGACGAAGAGGAUGGAAAGACAAUAACUAGCUAUCAAGCGUCAUCCCCGGAUGAAAUUGCUAUUGUCCGCUACACCCAGGAGGUGGGACUGAAAUUAUCGUACCGUGAUCGGCAAUCAAUGGUGCUCGAAUUCACCGGUACCGGCAACGUUGUGGUGCGUGUCCGCAUUCUCGAUAUCUUUCCGUUCACUUCAGAUAGCAAGCGUAUGGGUGUCAUCGUCCACUUCGAACAGGAUGCUUCGGCUCUGGAGUCUAUGAACGAUGACAGUGAAAUAUGGUUCUACCAGAAGGGCGCUGAUACAGUGAUGUCCUCUAUCGUCUCUGCGAAUGACUGGCUCGACGAGGAGACGGCGAAUAUGGCUCGAGAGGGACUGCGGACUUUGGUUGUAGGCAGGAAACGGCUUUCCUCGCAGCAGUACCGGGAAUUCUCCAUCAAGUACAAGCAGGCGUCUCUUGCUCUCCAGGGCAGAGACAUGGGAAUGGCCAAGGUCAUCGGAGAGUAUCUCGAACAUGACCUAGAGCUUCUGGGCGUUACUGGCGUUGAGGAUCGGCUACAGAAGGACGUGAAACCGUCUCUGGAACUCCUCCGUAACGCGGGAGUGAAGACGUGGAUGUUGACUGGUGACAAGGUUGAGACGGCCCGCUGCGUUGCUAUUUCCGCGAAACUCGUUGCGAGGGGACAGUACAUCCACACUGUCGCCAAAGUGCAUGAUAAUGCAGCUGCCAAAGAGGCCCUAGACUUCCUGCGUAGCAAACCCGACUGUUGUCUCCUCAUCGACGGGGAGUCACUGUCUUUGAUGCUGGGCCAGUUUCGGUCUUCGUUCAUAUCAGUCGCGGUUCUACUGCCGGCAGUCAUCGCGUGUCGAUGCUCGCCUACCCAGAAGGCGGAGGUGGCAACCCUGAUCCGCCAGCACACGAAGAAACGCGUCUGCUGCAUUGGCGAUGGCGGCAACGACGUCUCCAUGAUCCAAGCUGCCGACGUGGGAAUUGGCAUUGUCGGCAAAGAAGGCCGUCAGGCGUCGCUAGCUGCAGAUUUCAGUAUCACCCAAUUCCACCACCUCACCAAGCUCCUGGUCUGGCACGGCCGAAAUUCGUACAAACGCUCGGCCAAACUGGCCCAGUUUAUUAUGCAUCGCGGAUUGAUCAUUUCUGCAUGCCAGACCAUGUAUAGCAUCGCCUCCUACUUCGACCCGAAGGGCCUUUUUAUCAACUGGCUCAUGGUCGGUUACGCCACCGUCUACACCAACGCGCCCGUCUUCUCGCUGGUCCUGGACCGCGACGUUGACGAACAACUCGCAAACCUCUACCCGGAACUCUACAAGGAACUCAAAUCCGGCAGAAGCCUCAGCUACACUUCCUUCUUCACGUGGGUCCUCGUCUCGGUCUACCAGGGCGCCAUCAUCCAGGGUCUCUCUCAGAUCCUUCUCGACAGCAUUUCCGGCCCGCGACUGAUCAGCGUCUCAUUCACUGCGCUCGUCAUCAACGAGCUCCUCAUGGUUGCUGUCUCGGUCACCACCUGGCACCCGGUCAUGAUUAUCUGCAUUGUUGGUACGGCGCUCGUUUACGCCGCCAGCGUGCCAUUUUUAGGCGACUAUUUCGAUCUAAAGUUUGUGAUUACUCUGGAUUGGCUCUGGCGGGUAGUUGCUGUUUGCGCCGUGUCGCUUGUUCCUGUUUGGGCCGGGAAACUUAUUAAGCGGUCGUGGAGACCACCGAGUUACAGGAAGGUCAGGGGGUAAUGCAAUGCAUUUCCAUUCCUUUUUAUAUAUUUUAUUUUCUUUUUUUGGUACUUAUUCCUGUUGUUUCCCGAUUGUGUAACUAGGUACCUUUUCGUGUUUAGUCUUUGUGGCUGUUUCUCUUUCUCCUUUCUCAUUCCCUUUUGGUAUGUAUAUAUGUAUAUACUUCCGUACUCCGUCUAUGCUUCGGAAUCUGACGCGAUGCCAUCGUUCCGGUACUGCUCUAGGGUGUUCGAGGCACAGUUCUAGGCAUGCAUGUACCAUGGAUGCGCGUUCCGUGGUUGCAACAAUGGCCAUCAGGGCUUAGGGUCAGCCCUAAGAACGCCACAUAUGCUAGCGUCCGAGCUGCUGGCAUCGGCCCAGUGGAAGCGCAAUUAAUAAUAAUAUGAUCCCAAAGAUUAGAUUUGUAUUUCUGAUCAUGCCAAUGGCCCCUGCUGAGGAUCGUCUGGAACAUUCCGCGGCGAUAGUCCGUCGCAAGUUAUUUUCGGAUCCAUCAGGCCGAUUAGCUCUGCUAAGUUUCUGACUGCGUACCGACAGUCAGGAUUAGGUUCGUAGAUAUCCAUAAAACUUGUUUCUUUCCGUCUGCGAUUAAGAUUAUCAUUAUUGAUUAAUAUUCGACACGAGUGGAUGUUGUGAUUAUUGUUAAUAUAAUCCAUGGUGCUGUUGAGAUAGGGCACACACCGAC